GGCCAGAGGCUUAGGAGAAGAUGUCUACCAUCUAUGAUAACUGGGAGAGAUUGGUUGCUGCUGCCCUGAAAAAGCAGCAGCUUUGGGAACUUUGUCAUGAUCAUUCCAGGAGCCCCAGCAUCCUCUCUGAAGCAUCGGACUUCAGUUCUAACUUCAAUUCGACUUCUCCCCUUCAUGAUCUGGCCUUAGACUUUUCAAGUCCUGAAAGUUUUUUGAGGUCAGCCACAGUGACUCGAAGGCUGGCUCUCGUUUCAGAUUUUAGUUCUGCUUUUGAUUUUGAAGAUGUAUCCCUGGCUUCAUCCGUGUUACUUGGGAGAGGAACUUUUGGGAGUACUUAUACAAUUGCAAUGGAAAAUGGGGUACAAAUUGUGGUUAAGAGAUUGAAGUCUAUGAAUGUUUCAGAACAACAGUUCAAAAGUCAGAUGGAGGUUGUUGGAAAUGUUAGACAUGAGAAUGUGGCUGCCCUCAGGGCUUAUUAUUCUUCGGAAGAGGAAAGGCUGAUGCUGUAUGAUUAUUACAGUGACGGGAGUGUCCAUGCGCUCUUACAUGGACAAACUGGUCAGAAUCAGUCUCCUGUAGACUGGGAAACGAGAUGGAGAAUUGCGUUAGGUGCUGCAAGGGGUAUUGCUGCAAUACACUCACAAAAUGGUGGGAAGCUUAUCCAUGGAAACAUAAAAAGCAUCAAAUAUUUUUCUUAAUUCUCAAAAUUAUGGCUGUGUAUUAGAUCUUGGCUUAGCAACCAUGGUAGAAACAAAAUUCAUGCAAACUGCAAGGUACUAUGUUCCAGAAGUCAAGAAAACUAGAGAUGUCUCCCAAGCAUCAGAUGUCUAUAGCUUUGGGAUUCUACUCCUUGAACUUCUCACUAGAAAAUCCCCUGUGCAUGUCCCUGGUGGUCCUAAGGCUGUUGACCUAGUCAAGUUGGUUACUUCUGCAAAAAGCAAAGAGAGGGCUGCUAAGGUAUUUGAUACAGAACUAUUCAAGUAUCCUACGAUAAGGGAACAAGCAGUGAUAAUGUUACAAAUAGGAUUAACAUGUGUGGCCAAAUUAAUAAAGAAGAGACCUAAAAUGUCUGAAGCAGUGAGGAUGUUAGAGGAUAUCAAUAAAAUGAACCGAGGAAUUAGAAUGAAUCAGCAUGUUCCCCUAGAAAGAGAAUUUGUAUUCUUUGAGUUCGCUAAUCCUAGAUUUGAGUUUGAGGAUUUGUUGAGCGCUUCUGCUGAGUUUCUUGGAAACGGAACAUUUGGGACUUCUUACAAGGCAGGAUUAGAAAAUGGAAACACAGUUGUGGUGAAGAGAUUGAAGGAUGUAAUUGUAACAUUCGAGGAUUUUCAGCAGCAUAUGAACAUCAUUGGAAAACUGAGGCACGAGAAUGUUGCUGAAUUAAAGGCGUACUACUAUUCAACAGAUGAGAAGCUCUUGGUGUGUGAUUACUACAAUCAGCGGAGCUUAUCUGGUUUGCUACACGGUAUGUAGAUCUAAAAAUAUGGAGCAUUCUUGUUUGCCUCAUUCAUCAUAUAAAGGGUAAUUCACCAACAAAAGGUUCCUGUAAACGAUCUUUGUUGAGUGGCCUGGGAUUUCUUAUUAGACCUUUCCUCUUUCCUUUAUUGAUAUAAAUCUGAUACUUGAAGUAAGUUAAUUUACGAACCAUUAUAUCUGAACCCAUGUACCUUUGAGUGCAGUUGGAUGAAAUCUCAGAAGUUCCUUCAGUUUUUUAUGUUGCAAAUCCUAGGUGAAUUUUAGAUUCAACAAGCAAUGGCACUUUUCAUUGCGGCCUCCAUGUAGAGGAACUAAUGGAGGAUGGGCUGGCUAGAGAUAACACUCCUAUAAUGAAGGCAUUUCACUCAAAUGUUGUCAUCAUUACAAUAAACUUGCAUCUUUUGUUGAAGUGGUAGCUACUACUU